UCACCAAGUUCUGAAGAUGACGAUCGGACACAGUGGCAUUUGGGUAGGUUACUUUAAGAGGCGACUUAAUGUUUAUAUAGGCAUGGGAAUACAGUGAAUAGGUAAGGUGCUUCUUUUGUCUCAAUAAUUUAACCCAAAUGCAUUGUAAAGAUCUGCUGAUGACGAUACAUGAUGGAGAUGCUGAUUGGAGUCUUGCGCUUCAAUGAUAAAGAUAAAGCAGGCCGUGGCUUUUUAACCUUUUGCAUUGAGCACUUUGGUUCUUGUUCAGAUUUUUCUCCAAUAAUUUUUGGAAUCAACCUAUUCAACUAUGUACUUGAAGACUUUGUGAGGUGUAUUGUUGGCGAAAUGGUUUACCAAAUCCUUUUAAGAGGUUAUAUGCUUUUGCAUUGUGGAGAAUUUGCUUCAAAAAAUAGUGGUGAACUUAAGCUUAAUUCGACAGGAUGAUCCACCGUGCAAAUUGGAAUUGAGAAUUUUUUUUCGUUUCAAAUUGUCAUUAAAUUGUAAUUUGGUGUUAGAUAUGGAUCUUUUUGGUAAGUUUGAAUGUUCUUUUCUGUUGAUUCACUGGGCAUUUUCCUAGAUUUGCUAUGUAUUUCAAAUGGUAUUUGUACAACCGCGUGUUCCACUGCUUAAUGGGCCGAGGAGUGAAACGAGCUCAAUAUCAAGAAUUAGUUGGUGA